AUGGAAGAUUCUUCAAUCUUUAUUCCUGAGAUAGAUGGUGAUUACACUGUAAAUUUUACUAUUGAAGAAGUAUUUUCUACACGUGAUGAUUUACUUGAGUGGGUACGAGGUGUUGCUUUUCAACUUGGUUUUGUUAUUGUUAUUAUAAGAUCUGAUACAGCUAAUGAUCAACCUGGUAAAAAGACAUAUGUGUUGCUAGGAUGUGAAAGAGGUGGGAAGUAUAGAAAAUAUAAAUCUGACCUUCAACCUAGUAUAACCCGGACAAGGAAAUGUGAGUGUCCUUUUAAAUUGAGAGGUAAACCAAUAUCUAAUGGAGAUGGUUGGGUAUUGAAAGUGAUAUUUGGGUGUCAUAAUCAUGAUCUCUCUAAAACUUUAGUUGGUCAUCCCUAUGCUGGUAAAUUAAAGUCAGAUGAACAAUCAUUGUUUAUCGGCAUGACUAAGAGUCAAGUUAAGCCUGCAAACAUUCUGCUUACCCUUAAGGAAAAUAAUGAAGAUAAUGUCACAACAAUAAAACAGUUGUAUAAUGCUAGAUAUACUUAUAAGUGA